UAUACUCCCUCCGUCCCGGAGUAUUCGUCCACUUUUGACUUUUGAAACUGUUCAUCUAAACACUUUGACUCAUCAAAUUCUCUCAAUGUGUAAGCCUAAAUAUAGUCAUGUGUGAUCUUGUUUGAUUUGUCUUAACAUAUAGAUUAUUAAUAUAUAAUUUCUAUAAUUUUUUAAUAUACAAAUUACAAGAUAAAAUGGAUUAAAGAAGUGUAUUGGAUGAUCUGACCAUGCCCUCAUUUCGCUUGCUCUCUGAUAGCGAUGAGGAACAACCUAAGCCGCAUCGUACUCAGAAAUCUUUGAGCAAGCGCAAACGAUCCAUAGCUGCCUUGAAACAUCAUGUUGAUCUGCUUCCAUCAAGUUCAUCUGACACUGAUCCUUCGUGGAAUUUUCGGAAAAAAUACCUAGGGGGUGAGCAUCUCCCAGAUGGAGUUGAGUGGGGAUCAGAUCUUGAGUCUUCAUUCAACACUGAUGAGAUUCAAGAAAUGAGCUCGGAAACAGAGGUGUUGUUGUCCGAGCCAGUAGGAAGUCCAUCCAAAAUUGAAAGAUAUAAACAGAGUAAUGUCCUUUAAUCUUCUCUCCUUUACACUUUGCGCAUAUGUCUUGCAUGUUGUUUUUGGGCAAACUAAUGAUGCGAACAAAAAUUAAUCUUAACGUUAAUGAAAGUUUCCUAAUUGU